UAUUCAAACGCUCCAAAUUGUUGUUGCUCUCCGUGGAGGUCCCUAUGCCUUUACGUGUAUCUUGAUUAAAUUCCAUUAGAUCAACAUCAUUGGAUGCUAAAGGGGGUGGGACACUCGUGUAUGUGUACACGCAUAUAAAACCAGCGCUCCAAUUAGAUUCAACAGUCGCCUUCUGAUCGCCAGUAUCGCUGCAACAACGUAAGGGAGAACAGUCAAAAUGUCAACCAGUCAACAGCAAUUGGACUACAUUGAGCGGUACUUGGUGUACGACAUCUUUAAGUACUUUGGAUCGGGUGCGACCUUGGUGUCGCACAGCGUGGAAUGCUCCACUGGCCUGGACGGGUUCAUGUCCGCCCUGUACAACGUGCAGCUGGAGCUGGAGAUAGCCGAUAGAAAGCAGAAGGAGGUGGUUUUGGUGAAGUUCAUGAAGGGCACGGAACAGUUCCGGAAAUCGAGCAACUCGUACAUUCAGUUCGCCAACGAGGUGUUCGCCUACGCCGAGAUCCUGCCCGCCUACGAGCACCUGUUGCGCAGCAGCCACCUCAGCAGCGAUGUGGUCACCGGUUGGGUGCCGCGCUCCUAUGCCGCCCGAUACGGACAAAUCGAUGGACUGAGCUCCAGCUGCGAGUCAGUGCUAGCUUUGAAGCAUCUCAAGGAAGAUGGCUACGAGCUGGGUCCUCGCCUCGUUCUGCGCCGUGAUCAACUGGAGGCUAUGGUUGGCCUGGUUGGCCCCUUCCAUGCCCUCGGCUAUGCCACGCGCAUCCUGCAGCCGCAAGUGUACGAGCGCCUGCGCUCUGGUGUGGUGCCAAUGUCAUUUGUCAGCAGCACGGGCAAGGGCAUCUUUGAAGUGCUCUAUCGCGUAGCCUUUGACCGCUUCUAUGGGUUCUACGAUCGCCAGAAGGAGCAGCUACUGGUGCCGCAGAAAGAUGAGGGCUUUGCCGCAGCCCUGGGACGACUGCGCGGGAAGUACUUUGCCCAGCCAGCACUGCUCAUGGAGCGUAUACGCACCUCGUCCUUCGAUGAGUCACAGCCGGACAGCCACUUCUGCACAUUCCUGCAUGGCGACUACAACCGGAAUAAUGUGCUCUUCCACUAUGACGACGCUGGCACGGUGGACAACAUCAAGGCCAUCGAUUUCCAGGAGCUGCGCUUCAGCACCACGGCCAUAGAUCUCAGCUUCUUCAUGUACAUGAACACGCCCUCCGACGAGCGUGAGGUUAUUUUCGCCGAUCUUCUGAAGAAGUACCACAAGAAAAUGAUCGAAAUGCUGGAGCUGGUGCUGCAGCGUAACCAGGAUGUGCUCACCGAAGAACGGGUGCAGCAGCUGCUCUCCGACUAUAGCUUUGAGCGCUUCGAGGCUCACUUCAAGCGGUACGCCUUCUAUGGGGCAAUGGUCGUCAUGCAUUUCCUGCCCUGGCUGCUGAGCAAUGAAACCGAUUGUGCGGAGCUCUCCAGGCUCUUUGAGACGGACAUGCAUAGUCCGUCCUUCCAUCAGCUGUCGCUCGACAUUGGCGGCGACGUGGCCAACCAUGAGAUCUUCAAGGUAGUGCGUCACGCUUACGAGCAUGGCUACAUGGAUGAGAUAUAGAUACGCACACACACCACAAAUUUGAAUUAUUAUCUUUUAGUAUUUUUAUAUUUUAAUUUUGAAUACGAGCUCAAAGCUCUUCGUCUGCAAAAAUACAUUCCAAGAGUUCUGUGGA